CAUCAUCAAUCCACUGCCUUGUCUUCUUCUUCCGUCGUCUGAGUGAAUCUUUCAGUUUCUUCUUCUCCUUUCCGGGUGUUCGAUCGCUAGAAUCAUGCCUACGUUUUAUGCUGCUACUUUGGAUAGAUCACUAUCUCGUGAAUUAAGUUCAAGCACAUUGCAUUCGAAGCCACCUAUUUCAAACGAUGAAAGCAAUCAACCUAAAGAAGAGACACUGUUCAGUCGUCCUCAGAUGUCACCUUCUCUCUAUGCCACUCCUAAAGAAAUCCCUCGCCCCAAUUCACCAUCUUCCUACCUUCCAUCUCCUUAUAUCAUCAAUCACAAAGCACGAGGACCUCCUCUUCUUUUCAAAAGGGACUCUCAGCUAGAUGACCCUUCUGAAAAGAUUUGUGAGGCUACCAAGUCCACAUCCCUACCGUUUCCUGUCAGUGAUGCCACAGCAGUGGAUCACACACAAGGCAUCCCUGAACGUCCUGUUUGGGAUUGCAGCCCUCCUCAUGGGAACUAUUGGAACAACGAUAAGCCGGGAAGAGAUAUCUGCAGCAACGGUGAUAUUGGAAGCAAUAAUGCUACCAAUCCUUUAGAAUGGAAAAGUUAUUUGUUGGAGCCUGUAAGAAUUAAAGCAGACAAGGAGCUUGACUUUGAGAAUUUUUAUAACACUCGUGAAUCAGUAAACUUCACAAGUAACACAGAGGUCCAAGGUGUUGGAGGAGCUGCAAGCUCACAUAAUACAACUGUUGGAGAGUUUUAUGAUGCUUGUGAUGAUGAACUAUCAACCUACAGUGGAAUGCAGAGUUCAUUUAACAAGAGUGAAACUGAGCUGAGGGAGAUGAGGUUGAGCAUGCUAAUGGAAAUCGAGAGGAGGAGGCAAGCAGAGGAGACGCUAGAGCAAAUGCAAGUUCAUUGGCGGAGACUCCGUGAGCAGUUGGCCCAUGUGGGUCAGUUCCUUCCUCUUGAUCCUACCAGCAGCCCAUACAGCAUGAACCUAGCAGAUGAGCUACAUCGUCAACUUGAGGUCACCAGGUUUGUCUCUGACUCAGUAAGCAGUGACUUAGCCAAGGCAGAGGUGGAGAUGGAGAUGCAAGCUGAGCUCGAAGCUAAGAACUUUGAAAUCACCCGGUUGACUGACCGUCUUCACUAUUACGAGACCGUGAACCAGGAAAUGUCCCAGCGCAACCAAGAGGUCAUAGAGGAAGCAAGGCGAGAAGGGGAAAAGAGAAAGAGGAGGCAGAGGUGGAUUUGGGGAUUAAUUGCUGCAACCAUCACAAUCGGGAGUGGAGUCUUGGCUUGGUCGUAUCUUCCUCCCGGAAUGUUAUCAUCGGAUGAAGCUCAGCAGUCUCCAACAGAUUCAUAGUGAAGGUGUCAGACCCUGUGAAUAAAAAGAAAUGAAAGUGUUUCGGUUUUUACCUUUACUAGAGAAUGUAUAGAUAGAACAUGAUGAGGACAUAACUCAGCCUCAUACGAUCGUGGUCAUACUAAUUUGGUUUUGUUCGUGUCU